AUGGAAGGCAGCGAAGAGAAGGCGCUUACCCUCACAGCCACCAGUGUGCCUUCUCUCACCAACCAUCCGCUGGUCUGUGGACCAGCAUUCACCAGCUUGAAGGUUGGCGUGGGACACCGGCUGGAUGCCCAGGCGUCUGGGGUGCUUGUGCUUGGCGUGGGACACGGACGCAGCCUCCUCACCGACAUGUACAAUGCUCACCUCACCAAGGAUUACACGGUGCGUGGCCUCCUGGGCAAAGCCACAGAUGACUUCUGUGAAGACGGGCGGCUGGUGGAGAAGUCAACAUAUGACCACGUGACCAGAGAGAAACUGGACCGGAUCCUGGCCCUGAUCCAAGGUUCUCAUCAGAAGGCCCUGGUGAUGUACUCCAACCUCGACCUGCAGACCCAGGAGGCCUACGACAUGGCCGUGAGAGGCUUGAUCCGGCCCAUGAACAAGUCCCCGAUGCUGAUAACGGGCAUUCGAUGCCUCCACUUUGCGCCUCCGGAGUUCCUCUUAGAGGUACAGUGCAUGCACGAGACACAGAAGCAACUGCGAAAGUUGGUGCACGAGAUCGGCCUGGAGCUGAAGACCACUGCUGUCUGCUCCCAAGUGCGGCGUACCCGUGACGGCUUCUUCACCCUGGACGACGCCCUCCUGAGGACCCAGUGGGACAUACACAGCAUCCAGAAUGCCAUCCAGGCCACAGCUCCCCGGGUGGCAGUGGAACUGGAGAAGAGCUUGAGGCCAGGCCUGGGCACCCCGGCAGCGCCCCCACCCUAGCUGGUCCUGGGACUCCAGGGGGCUGAGCUCUGCCUCAGGGCUGGAGAAUGGUGCUGGGCAU